CAGAAAACGAAAUUGCUUGCCUGGAGGAUGCUUUCUCUGAUCUCAUGCUUUCUCAUGCAUGUCAUAGAAGUUCAAUUCCAAAGCCAAUGGCGUCCUUGCAUAAACAAUGCUGAUACUCGUAAUAUCGUGCUGAUCAAGCACUUGUUGUCAGAAGACCUGGCGACGGCAUCAAGAUGGCGAGUCCGAUGGAGAUUGCAUCUCUGUUGCAACGGCCCCGAGGGAUCCAGGAAUGGUGGAAUGAAGUAGAGGAGUCAAUGCACUUUGCCCGUGCACGACCUGACUUUCAGAAGAAUGUGCAGAAACUGGUGACCACAGCCACAUUUACUGUCUUGGUCCUCUUUGCGGGGGCGCUGCUUCUGCUGCGGCACGCCCCGCUCACCGGCGAACAGAUUCUGGUCAAAGUCGGGCCAGAAGAGUAUGGGCCGACAGAGGACUGGCCUCCUUUCGUAGAGGAGCGGAUACAGCGACCAGACUGGAGCGGGAGGCACCAACGGCUGGUUCAAGAAGCAAAAAACGGCGAGUUUGAUCUCUUGUACCUAGGGGACUCGAUCACAGAGGGAUGGGUGGGGACCAGUGUGGACCGACCCAUGGAGAAGUAUGAAGGCAACAAGCAGACUUGGGACGAAUUGAACCGGGAGCUGGGAGUGAGCGCGGCCGACUUCGGCAUCGCGGGGGACAGGGUCCUGCAUCUUCUGUGGCGGAUGCAAAACGGAGAGCUGCCGGCGAGAACGCCUAAGGUGCUCAUUCUGUGCAUAGGGGUCAACGAUUUGGGGAGCGGCCAAUCGGUCGACGAUACCUUUGAGCAUAUGAAGCGGCUUCUUGGCUUCUUCGAGACGAGGACGCCGGAGAUGGGCAUCGCGCUUCUGUCCGUCCUUCCGUCGGCAUACGGCGUACCGACGGGUGCGCGGCACGAGGGGCCCGGGCAACUAAAUAAGAAGCUCAAAAAGCUCGACGGGGGAAGAAUACGAUUCAUUGAUUGCACGUCCGUCUUCUCAGAGGGAGACGGCGUUAAAAACGAACUUUUUCUGCCCGACUUUCUGCACCUGAACGGGGACGGUUACCGACGGUGGGCGCUUUGCUUCAAGGACGACGUGCGAAAACUGUUGAAAAAGCAUAGCAGAAGACGAUUACGAUAGAAAGCCAGGUUAAGGUUACCAUUUUCCCGUAAAUCAGUCUUCGAUGUUGGCGUUCAAUAAGGCUCGUCUCGACCAGCUUCAAGCAUCAUUCAUUCUAUACUCUGCAAGAGCUUCCCGGUUUGGGUGUGCUCUUGAAGCGGCACUGGAGCAAUCAUGGAGUCGUCUGAGGGUCGACGUCAGCAACACCGCAAUCAAGUCAACAUGCGUUGCUUCUUGAGUGGUUGCUCAAUUCAAAGCCCGCCGCAUGGUUGAAUACCAAACACACGAAAAGCAAGUAUGUCACCUAGCCUCCUUAGAUCAGCG